AAAGUUGAAAAUUUUUGUCUAGUGCAAUGAAAUGACGCGUUAUGCACUUCAGUAAAGUUAAUGGCAAUGAAUCUCAUCAUAAAAUGCCCGCAAAAUCCAUUUUUCACAAUCAUGACGUUGUAAAAGGAUCUAGUACAGACGUUGCUCCUUUGGAACAUCUUUUUGUAACUAAAUUUUCAAAGUUGACUAUUGAUGAUGAAUAUAAGUAUAAUUUAGCUUAUUUAGUUACUGAAAAUAAUGGAACAAUUCCAGCCGUUAAGAGUUCUCAGACUGAAAAUCAGCGAUCAGUGACAUCGAAUACAAAACCUUUUAACCGCAUUCAUGUUGAUUCUAUUCAACGUAAAUCUGAACCAGUUAUUCAUACAGAUCACAGAGGUUUCCACCGAUCAUGUAGAUACAGAAGACAAAAACCAUUGCGUGGGAAGGUUGCAGCCCGUCGUAGUUCUCCUGUCUAUAUUAGUAGUCCUGAAUCUUAUGAACAUAUGUCAUCAGACUUUGAUGAUCGAAGAGAAUUCGACCAUAGUUCAUUCGCAAAACAUCUGUCAAAAGUACAUGAUAAUAAUGGAAUUAACCAAAGUCAUUUUUUUGAACAUAAGAAAGCUCCCGUGCUGAAUAAUGCACCUUUAGAUACCAUUUCUUCCAAAUUAAAUUGUUGUGCCUUAAAAUGCCCAACAAGUUUAAAUAUCGAUUCACCCUUAUGUGAAUUAAAGAACAAUUUAAAAGUCCAAAAGCCAGAUCCAAACACAAAUAACAUUGUGUCACGUCGUGAAACUUUUCGAACAAUUGAAAAAACACGUCGACAAGCAAACAAUCGUGUGGAAUCCAUGAAAAUAGAAGUAAAUGCCCCGGAUCCAUUGAUGAGAGAUGAUUUUUGCUCUCAUGAUGUUGCAUCUAGAGUAAAAGCCUUCAAAGCACUCAUGAAAUCAGAAGAAUUAGAAAGCAUUGAUCAAAAUAGUGAAACAAAGUCAAUCAAAAAGGUCACAGAUGAACGAAAAAUACCUAAUGUACCAUAUCAGGAAAAUCAUAUUGGUCUUCGUCGGUCCAAAACGUUUUCUGGUGAACAGAUGUCAAGAAGAUAUCAACAAUAUAUGGAUUUAUGCUUUGAUUGUGGAAAACGUAUUUAUCCUGUAGAUCGUAUAUCUACCGGUGAACGAGUUUAUCAUAAAUCAUGUUUUCGUUGUGCAACAUGUCAAAGGACAUUAUUAGUUGGCAAUUUUGCAUCAUUAGAUGGAGUGAUAUUUUGUAAACCACAUUAUAUAGAACAAUUUCAUAUGAGUGAUCAAUCUGCACCAUUGUCAUCAGUUUUUCGUGUACAAGGAGAAUAUUAAGAUAAUUCUUAUUGUUUCCAUUGUUAACUAUUCCUAUAUUUAGAAUUUUUCAAUGAAACAAAAAGAUAAUAUGAAAAAACAUUCGUAUUAUAUAAUUUCUACUUUGAAAGCAACACAUCAGAUUACUUGACAGCAAAAAACCAAGACAACGUUAAAUUUCAGCAUAGUUUGUAUACUAAUCAUAUUGCACAAUUAACAAAUCAAUUAGCUAAAUUGAUUCCUUGAAAUUUUUUUCUUUAUCAUUGAAUAUGAUAACAGCCUUUACUUUUAUUCAUUUUCGAAACUUCAAGGGUCAGGAAUUUCCGAUAAUAUAGAUUCAGGUUCUCCUUAUUUCUGAAAUUUCUGUACGUAUAAUUUCCUUCAUUUAUUGAUUGUUAAUUAUUUAUACAUUUUUCAUUAUUUAUUUAUAGAAAGAGUAAUAUCACUAGAUGACCAAGUUAUUACUUUUGAUUUUUUUAUAGAAAAGAUUGUACAAGUAGAGAAGGGGUGCAUAGCGAAACCAUAUAGGUUAUAGUGAGAACUGUGAUGAUAAUUUGUGUUUACUAUAUUGAUCUAGAUCAAAAAAUAUCAGAAAAUUGUUUAGCGAAUCCAAUUUCCUAUUGUUAUGUCUUUGAUCUGUCUACUCACUUUCGUAUCGAGGAUAAUUUGUUCAAUGUAGAUUAAGACCUUGAUGCGAUAGGCUGAAUGGCUUAACCUUGAGACUAAUAUGCGUGAGUUCGAAGUGGAGUAGAGAGACGAAAACUAUCCUAUCACCUGAUUGGCUGACAGGCACGCGCGCGAGAGAGAAAAGACAAGUCAACCGGAACACUACUCCAUUUAUUCCCAAUUCCGAUCUGGUUUUUGAUUUCAGGUUAGUGCAAAAAGAUACAUGAAUAAAUAG